CAUGCCAUGCGCAAAAUGAUUGACCAACACUAUAUUGACUAUUGUCCGAUUAAGUGACCGUCGCCUCGCACUAAUUAAAACAAUAGACAGAGAUCGGACAUUCCUCGUGUUAAAAAUGAUGAAGCAUGAGGAGGAGGAUUCCACUGCAAGUCGUCUUCGACUUUAAUUGCCCUACCACAGAGGGAAGGUGGCUUGCAGCAGGUCAUUCUCCUUUGUCGGCCUCAAACGAUGUGAGCCAACCAUUUUCUUCCUUUUCGCCAUCUCCAUCAGGCCAUUAUUCACAGUGGAUUUGAACGAUGGAAAAUUUGCGACAGCGUUGACAGACAGACAGAUACACGUUUUGUUCAAUUAGGUAGACUUGAUCAGAUGGAGGUAUAUAUCCACCAAAGAAAUACUUCCUUUCUAACAUCUCCUCCAAUAUCAUCACUCUCAACGACACUGAUAUGAUGAAGUCAGAAUGAUUCGACUGCAUUUGAAAUUUAGAAUGAUGCUCUAGAUCUCCACUAUGACUUCCAUUGCCAUUUCUUAGCUUAAUUAACCCACUCUCCACAUCGCAAUCUCUUAUUUUAAUCUGAAUGUGGUAUAGGAUUAAAAUGUACAGUUGGAGUAGCAUGAAAAAUAAGAAAUAGCAAUGGAAGUCAUAGUGGUAGUUGCUGGUGCCGUUGUUUUCCUCUGCAAGCAGUGCCCACCAUCCCAACACAGAAACAACCAAAGAAGGAAGCUGACCCCCACGGGAUUAAUGGGAGAUCCAAGUGACCUCCACUGUAUUCCACUCUUCUUCUUCCUCCACCCCCUGCCUCAAUUCCUCUUCCUUCCCAUUCAUCUUCCUCAUUUCUUACAUUGUGUUUAUAGACGGUCUACUUUGUGCUUUGCAGUAUUUGGCCGGUGAUGAGUUAAUGCGGUUCUUCCCCUCCGUUAUUUGGUAUCCAAGUAGUACGUGAGGAGAAUGAAGAGGAGGCGCGCUCAGGCUGCGUUGAUCGCAUGCUUAAUCUUGUUCGUCGUCGCCGGUUCCUGGCGCGGCGGCGUCGUCCACAGGAAGCACAGUAGGCACCAUCACGCCGGACGUCGGCCACCACCACCGGCGCAGGAGCUGGCUGCUGCCGGCGUAGCUACCAUUCGCCGGCAAGGAUGCAGGUUGAAGAAGGUCGAUAUUCUCUGUAACGACGGCGAGAAGAACCAGAGCUUGGUCGUCGACAACGACAAGCGGCGCGUGCCGACCGGCUCAAAUCCAUUGCAUAACAGAUCUUUCACUUCCUCUCUCCUUUUUGUUUUGGACAUGGAAGCUAAGGUUUGCUCGAAGAGAUUUUUUUUCCCCCGAAGUACUCUCGAGCUGCAUCAACCAAGUAUACCAGUAUCCAGAGUUCUUGAGCAAGGGCAUAAACAAGAGGAGCUUCAGUGAUGCACAUGAGAGCUUGGCAGACUUUUCCAGGCGACUUCAAUUUGAUGCAGUUCAGUUCAAACCCGACCUCUGUUUAACGGACACAAAUCUAUAUUCAUGUGAAGACAUGAGAGCCACGUGUGGGGGGUUGGGUUUCCUCAUUGGAGAGGAGAUGUCAAUAAAUAAUACGGCAACUAAUGUUAAUAUCUGUCCAAGGAAUCUAUGUAAAGGGUCAUAGAUUGAACUCUUUUUCCUCUACAGUGAAGACGCUUGACAUUUCCACUGCGGCUGCAGCAGGAAGAAGAUUGUGUUGCCAUGGCAUAGCUAUCAAGCACAGCAUCUGAGUCCAUUGUUUUUAUAACCUCAUUGUUUUUUUAAAA